AUGUCAUAUUCCCGGUCACCAUCUCCCCACCCGACGGGGGUAGGUGGAUGGUCCAGCCCCGGCUUUACACACGGGAGUGGCACUUCGACGCCUCACAGUGGCUUACUCUCCCCGACAACCCUAGGGCCGAGUGGCAUCUCGUGGGCAGCCGCUAAAGCCAAAAGCGACGAGGUUCGCGGCUAUCCGUCCUUCGCGACCAAGAACAAUGGCUUCUUCUCGCGGUCGAGGCGCCAGUUGUCUGCGACGCUCCCGCGCUUUCGCCUGGGGUCCGGAUCCCCCAAUGGCUAUGUCGAUAAGGAUGAAUUCCGGCGGGGACAUGCGUUUGCUUCGACUGAUGGCGGGCGCGCCUGGGGGUUUAGCAGGACGGUCUUUCGACCCCGACGAUCGCGGCUGUUGCUCGUCCUGGUUGUCAUGCUGCUCGGAUACACGUUUCUUUGGACACGAAUCAUCGAGGCCUACCGGCGGUCACCAUUGGGCGGAGGGCGCAAGUUCGUGAUCAUCUUGGAGUCAAAUAUCGAGGGAGGAGUGAUGGAGUGGAAGGGCGCGCGGGAAUGGGCGAUCGAGCGCAACAGCAUCUGGAACAAAGAUCACUACGCCAAGCGCUGGGGUUACGAGCUCGAGGUUGUCAAUAUGCUGGCCAAGAAGCGCUAUUCACAUGAGUGGCGCGAAAACUGGGAGAAGGUCGACAUCAUCCGGGAGACCAUGCGCAAGUAUCCCGAUGCGGAGUGGUUCUGGUGGUUGGACCUGAACACCUGGAUUAUGGAGUACUCGUACUCGCUGCAGGACCAUGUCCUCAACCGGCUUGGCGAGAUUGCUUAUCGGGACAUUAAUGUCUACAACCCGCUCGGCAUCCACCAUCCCCUGACUGACCCCUACUUGGACCAGAUCUCAUUGUCUCCUACUGGGGACAACGAUACCUCCUCGAUCAACUUUCUCCUCUCGCAAGACUGCGGUGGAUUCAACCUCGGCUCCUUCUUCAUCCGACGAUCUCUGUGGGCUGAUCGAUUGCUGGACGCCUGGUGGGAUCCUGUGAUGUACGAACAGAAGCAUAUGGAAUGGGAGCACAAGGAGCAGGAUGCCUUGGAGUAUCUCUACACCACGCAGCCGUGGAUUCGCAGCGGUGUGGCCUUCCUCCCCCAGCGUCACAUCAACUCCUUUCCCCCUGGCGCUUGCGGCGAUGGGGAUGACCCAAAGAUUCAUUACCAGGAAGACGAAGGCGAUUUUCUGGUGAACAUGGCCGGCUGUAAUUUCGGCCGGGACUGCUGGGGUGAAAUGUAUCGGUAUCGCGAGUACAGCAAGUGGUUGAACCGGACUUCGUGGGAGCGGUUGAAGGAGCGCCUGAAUGGCCUGCGUGACAAGCUCUUUCCUCGGGUUGAGGAGACGGAGUGA